AUGGCACAAUGGAUGAAAGCGACGAAAGAUCCAAGGAUAAGCCAGUGGAUCGGCCUUACGGUCCGGUACCGUACCGUGUUGAGAAGAUCCAAGGGUUCAGCGUCUCGGCAAACAAUACGGAAGCAGAGAACACUUCUCACGGUCCCUGGACCCUUUGAGCAAGAGAAGAAGCCCCAACAGCACUGGCACGGCUACCGGUAGUAGUUAGUAAAAUGAACCCGCCGCAAGAGGAAGAGCAGCAGGAGCACACGGAAGGAUCUCCUCGAGAACCGCUCCUUCCAAAGAGAGAUGAUGAAGGUCAAACUGGAACGAUAGAAGGACUACAGACGAAAACAACGGCCAAAAUAAUAAUCAAGACGGCAACGAUAACUCGGAUGAGUCCUCUCCCAGUGAGUCUCCUCCCAGUGCUGCCUUGUUGGGACUGUUGACUCUGGCACUGGUGUUGGUGGGUUUGGGUUUGGUAGUCUGGGUCUGUUUUCUGCCGCUCUGGAUCUGGUUGUUGUUGCUAGUGUCACUGCAUCACAUCGACCACACGUGGAUGCUUCUAUUCUCUGUUCUGGGCGUCAACGUGCUCCAUCUCUGGGGGCUCUGGACAUCACCCUUGUAUUUGUCAUGGCAGCGCACUCUUGUGUUGCCCUUUCGACGACUGCUGUUUCCGUUGGUGCCACAAAUUGCUCGCAUCGAAAGCAUUCGAGAGCAAGAAACCACACAGUAUUACACUGCUUCACAACAUGUAUCAUCAUCAAGUCCGUCGUUUCGAAAAUCGGUACGACGACACUACCGUCGCAUGGAGAAAAUCUAUCAACGACACCAUAUUCGUCAUGUCUGUGUGGAUGCCGAACGACAGUUAUGUUUGCAACAAGUGCUUCCCAUUCUGUGGCAACAUCAGCAACGCGCCACAUCCAGUAGCAUGCCGAUGGAUGAGUUUAUCAAACGGACCUUGGUCGUCACGGUGGUACCCGAUGGAAUACUCGAUUUGUAUUAUACACCACAAGACCAAUUGGUGGCGGUCCAAUUUUCCAUUUGGCAAGCACCGCAUGUCUGGCACUGGUUCAUGUACUUUUGUGACACCGGACAUUCGCAGGCGGGAAUAUGGUGGCACGGAGCCUUGUUGGCCAUGCAACGGGGACACGUCUUGGCACAGCAAAAUCAACAUGAUGUUUGGGUCAAUGCCCAAGUGCAUCAGCAGGAUAGCAAGUCCCAUGCGGGGUAUGCGGCUGCUAGUCACACUCAUCUAGAUAUGCUCUCGGACCUGUAUCCGUGGACGUUUACACGACAAGUUCCAGAGAGUGUUCAGCAACUACGAUUGUGGGAUUCACCUGCCGAAGCUGCAGCGUCUACCGAAGAUGCCGCAGCCUCGGAUACUGCUGCUGCUUCAUCAAACUCACUAAUACGUCUAGCUGGUUAG